AUGUUUGUAUUAAAAAUCAAAGUUUGUCAGCAAAUAAUUAAUUCACGAAAUUUGCAAACUUUUAGUAAAUGUUUGACAAAUCAAAGCAAACUUAAUGUUAGCGAUAAUCGGCUAAAUAGUAGACAACAACUAUCACCGCAACACUAUUGUCUCGAUUGUGUUAAGAGAUAUGACUUCGAGGGAUAUUUGGCCACAACUUUGAUCAAAGACUCGGCCGUCCGUCGCUCGGCUUUUGCAGUCAAAUCAUUUAACGCUCAGUUAUCACAUGUGAGGGAUAUGACAUCAACAGACCUGAUGGCACAAAUGCGUCUUCAAUACUGGUCUGAACUAAUUGACGAUAUUUUUUCCGGUCGAUCGCCAAUGACUGCAGAGGACACCAAUGAACCGAUUGCUUGUGAAUUAAAUCAUUUAGCCAUCAAAACCAAGACAAGUAAAUAUUGGUUCAAAAAGUUAAUAGAAAGCCGAAUGAAUCCGAAAAGUUUAAGCAGUUUUCCAUUUGAAACACUGAAAGAGUUAGAAAAAUACGGCGAUUCGUCCGUAACUCCCGUUUAUUAUAUUAUCGUCGAGUGUUUGACAGCUUUCGGUAAAGUGUCGGCCAAUGAGAGGCUGAACUACGAUCACAUUUGCAGUCAUUUGGGUCGAGCGCAGGUCAUUGUCAAUGUCUUAAGAGGUAUCACACAUAAUGCCAGAUAUAAUCGCUGUUAUAUACCCACGGAUUUGCUCGUAAAACAUAAGACAACUCAUGAAGACUUUUUAAGAGGUAAUCCAACCGAUAAUCUCUUAGAGUUAUCCUAUGACUUAGCAUCUGUUGCUAACCAACAUCUGGAUGUCAUCCGAAAAUUACUUCAACAAAUUGAUCGACAAAAUCGACUAAUAUUUUUGCCAAUAGUUGCCAAUGAAAAUUAUUUAAAACGAUUACAAAAAAUCAAUUUUAAUAUAUUUAAUGAAAAACUUAGACAACGAAAUGGAUUUUUACCAUUUAUUUUGUGGUAUUAUUCAAAGCGUUUAUAA